GCGCAGGCGCAGCCGCCGCCGCCGCCGCCGCGCCGGGGAGGGGCGGAGCGGAGCGGAGUCGCGAACUCUGACCUCCGGGAACCGGAGCCGAUCGACGACAACUAAAGCUGCCGGAGAGGCCGCCGGGCCCGCCAGGUUUGGGAUGUAUAGGAUUCAUGCUUCAAGCUCAUAGCUGAUGAAUUGAUGACUAUGAUCAAGAAUUUAUGGAGUUUCAAGGUUCAUCUGUAAGGUCCAAAAAUAAGUGAGUGUAAGCUCCAAGGCUCAUCUCGCAACAAUUUAUAGAGCUGUGGGAAAGUAUGGGAGACCAGAUGGCUUAAGAUGAUGUGAAUUUCUGCUGCUGUGGAAGGGUGUGAUCUACAGUUCCCCUCCACCACUGGUACAGCAGCAGCGUUUGCAUGGAAAUUCUGGUGAUUAAAGAUCAUGGCAACCAUAGAGGAACUGGCCCAUCAAAUUAUUGAACAGCAAAUGGGAGAGGUUACCCAUUCCGAGGGAGCUGUUAGACAAACACUAAUGGAUGGGACAGCACAACGAAUACAGAUUGUCCCUGCAGAUUCAGGCCUCUCUUUACCACAACGUAUACAGAUUGUCACAGAUCAGCAGACGGGCCAGAAGAUUCAGAUUGUUACAGCACUUGAUCAGAGCUCAGCAGGCAAGCAGUUCAUCUUAACAAAUCAUGAUGGCUCUACCCCAAGCAAGGUGAUCCUUGCCAGACAAGAUUCCACUCCAGGAAAAGUUAUCCUAGCAACUCCAGAUGCUGCAGGUGUCAACCAACUGUUUUUUGCAUCCCCUGAUAUAUCUGCACAACACAUCCAGAUUUUAACAGACAACUCCCCCAAUGAACAGGGCCUAAACAAAGUGUUUGAUCUGUGUGUUGUGUGUGGAGACAAGGCAUCAGGGCGUCACUAUGGAGCAGUAACUUGUGAGGGAUGCAAAGGAUUCUUUAAAAGGAGUAUACGGAAGAAUUUAGUUUAUUCGUGCCGAGGAACAAAAGACUGUGUCAUUAACAAACACCACCGGAAUCGAUGUCAGUACUGUAGACUGCAGAGAUGCAUCGCGUUUGGGAUGAAACAAGAUUCUGUGCAGUGUGAAAGGAAACCUAUUGAAGUGUCAAGAGAAAAAUCUUCAAACUGUGCAGCUUCUACAGAAAAGAUUUACAUUCGAAAAGAUCUUCGUAGUCCAUUAGCUGCAACUCCAACUUUUGUAACAGAUAAUGAAACAGCAAGAUCAACAGGUCUGCUGGAAUCGGGAAUGUUUGUUAACAUUCAUCAGUCUGCAAUAAAAAGUGAGCCUACUGUGCUGAUGACUCCAGAUAAGGUUGAAGCAUGUCAGGGAGAUUUAAGUACACUGGCGAAUGUGGUGACUUCAUUAGCAAAUCUCAGUAAAUGCAAAGACAUGUCACAAAGCAGUACAGAGCUAUCUAUGAUUGAGAGUUUAAGUAAUGGAGAUGCAUCAUUAUCUGAACUCCAGCAAGAAGAACAAGCUAGUAGUGAUGUUACAAGGGCAUUUGAUACUCUUGCAAAAGCAUUAAAUCCAGGAGAGAGUGCAGCGUGCCAGAACGCUGAAAGUAUUGAAGCCAGUGUACAGCUGAUUGGUGGAGAAACAGGCAUGAAUAUCGUUGAAAUAGAGGGGCCACUACUCAGUGAUGCACAUGUAGCAUUCAGGCUCACCAUGCCUUCUCCUAUGCCUGAGUAUCUUAAUGUUCACUAUAUCUGCGAGUCUGCCUCCAGGUUGCUUUUCUUGUCCAUGCACUGGGCACGUUCCAUUCCAUCUUUCCAAGCUUUAGGACAGGAUAACAGCAUAUCAUUAGUAAAAGCCUGCUGGAACGAACUUUUUACGCUUGGUCUUGCACAAUGUUCACAAGUUAUGAAUGUGGCAACUAUAUUAACUGCAUUCGUUAAUCACCUUCAUGGCAGUUUACAGCAAGAUAAGCUGCCAACAGACAGAGGAAAACUAGUAAUGGAGCAUAUCUUCAAAUUGCAAGAGUUCUGUAACAGCAUGGUUAAGCUUUGCCUAGAUGGAUAUGAAUAUGCAUAUUUGAAAGCAAUCGUCCUCUUCAGUCCUGAUCACCCAGGCCUAGAAAAUGUGGUGCAGAUUGAGAAAUUUCAAGAAAAGGCUUACAUGGAGUUCCAAGACUAUGUAACAAAAGCAUAUCCGGAUGAUACUUACAGACUGUCUAGACUUCUUCUCCGGUUGCCUGCUCUUAGGCUAAUGAGUGCUGCCAUCACUGAAGAGCUAUUUUUUGCAGGACUAAUUGGAAAUGUUCAGAUUGAUAGCAUCAUCCCAUAUAUUCUGCGAAUGGAGACAGCAGACUACAACUCUCAGAUAAUUGGUCAUGGCGUAUAAAAGUAGCAGUCAAGGAUUCUGUACCAUGGCAGUCAUGGUGAUGUAAAUGCAUACCCUGUCUCCAAGAGAUGGCAAUAAGCCUUCCCAUGCACCUUUCCAAAGAAGGCUAAUAUUCCUGCUUUUCAGUACACUUGAGAAACGUGGUGGAGUGUAUUAAGGAAUAUAGGAUCGCUUCUUAUUUUUCAUCUGAUCUUCAAGGACUUGUAAAUUAACUUGAUAUCUGAAGAAAGUCAAGAAUUGUCCAUCCUAUUUUUGUAGAUAGAUGAACUUGGAAUAUUUGUUUAUGAAGUCCAGGCUUGUGAAGAAACUGAAGAAGCUUUGACUGAACUAAGGUAUCUCAACUUAGUUUGAUGUUUUAGACAAAUAAAUUAACUUUCUUCUCUGA